GAAAAGAUGAAAAGCAGAUGUCCCUGAGUUCCAGCAUGUGUCUUCCAGGGCUGUUGUUUCAAACUACAUUCCAUUAAAGCAAACACGUAGCACCCCACUCGCUGGCGGAUUCAUGGCCUGUGCUGGCAACUCCAGCCGCAGAAGAGGCCCUGAGCUGGGGAGUUAAUGUGCCUGGUGAGCUGGUGCGGCUUUCUGCAGAUGAACGGAGGAUGCUCUUAGCAUAAGCCUGUCUCAGGGCACAGCAGAGUAUCUGGGAGAUGUGGAACCUGCUGCCUCCCCUAGAUGCUCCAGCCUUGGCCAUGUGUGUAGCCACACGUGUGUGUGUGCAGUACACGGAGCACACAGGUCAGCCCUGAAGCUGGACUGUCCCUCUCCACCCUACAUACACGGAGCACACAGGUCAUCCCUGAAGCUGGACUGUCCCUCUCCACCCUACAUAGCCAGGUAGCUCAGGCUUCUUACGCUUUACCUCCCACCCACCUCAGCAUUGCAUCUCAAGGCACUGGGGAUUUCUGAAGACUCCAGCCCUUGCCCAGCUCCUGGAACAUACAUUAAACAGACAGUAGCCCUGACUGUUAUUACUACAUAGGCCAUAGUGAUGACUCCCUCUCUGUUCUUCCGGACCAGCUGGAGUCCCCAGAGGUGAAAGCUCUGCAGGAAAGGCUUGCAGCCACCAACCUGAAGAUGAGCGACCUGCGCAACCAGAUCCAGUCUGCGAAGCAGGAGCUCCGCGUAGCCCAGAAGGUUCUGGCCAAUGAAGUUGGCGAAGACGUAAACAUCCAGCAACUCCUAGCCUCACCAGGGACCUGGAGGGGGAGGGCUCAACAAAUCCUAGUUUUACAGAGUAAGGUCCGAGAGCUUGAGAAGCAACUGGGGCAGCGUCAGAACAAGACGACAGGCUCGUUGGGCUCGGAGCCUCUGCCUGUCGGUUCAGACCCACGGAAGCUGACAGCACAAGAGAAAAACCUGCUGAGGAUCCGCAGCCUAGAGAGGGACAAGCAGGAAAGCUGGGAG